GCACGGCGAGCAGCUGUUGUUUGCACUGCACCGAAACUGACAGCGAGUGUUCGUUUAAACUGCUGAUUGGACUUUUUCACGAUAUUAGCAAGCUUUUGGCAGGAAUAAAGCGCAGGAUUAAUUAAUGUUAGACGUCAGUCAGAUAAACACGCGGGAGCGGCGGGCGCUGCGUUUCCGUUUCUCCCCGCGGCUAAAUACCGGACGGCUAGCGGCUGUGCUAAAGCUAACGGUUAAUAAACAGCCAGUGUUUUUUCCACCCGGAGAUAACUAACGUUAUGUGCGAGUGAAACGACUGUGUUUAUCGUGAUAUUUCUAAAUGUUCAAAAAGACUGUGGAAGCUUUUGUUUUGUAAUAAGACACCGUUCGUGUUGAUCCCCUCAAUUGUUCCUCCGUUCUAUCUUUGUCCUGUAAAAAUAGCGUUGUGUUGUAACUCUUAAACGGAUUUGGCGAUGGCUCGUCGUUGUUUCACCGCUACCAGAAGGCUCCAGACACAGGAACUGGGCAGAACUGUAGCUACUUGACUUUAAUAGGGGAUGAGAGGAGAGCAGGUGCUGCGCUCCUGGCUGCGGACUCAGUGACUCUCUCUUUGGACUCAGGAUGGCGCAGGGAGGGCCUCAGUUAGACUACCUCAUACUGCAGGACCUCAAACAGCGCUUCCCAGAGAUUCCAGAGAAAGUAGUGUCUCAGUGCCUUCUUCAGAACAACAAUAACCUGGACCUCUGCUGCCAUCUGUUGGCUCAAGAGAGUAAUAGAUACCUGUAUGAGGAGUACCACAGCCCAGAUGACUUGAACUUAAACCGGAACCACAUGCUGCGCAUUAGUGUGGGUUACCCUGCUACUGAAGGGGCUAAAAAUAGUGCUGAUGGCCGAGCUUUGGUCCACAGUUCCAGCGAUGGGCACAUCGAGCAUCCUCGAAGUGGUUUCCAUGAGCCCCUCUCCGCCCCCGCUACUAUGGCGCCAUCACCCGGCUUUAACCCCUUCUUCAUUAACGAUCAAGGACGCUCAAACAUCCCCACCCCUCCACCCAGCAUCCAAGGCAUGUCCCCCACAUACCACCCUGUCCCACGAUACAUGACUCCUAUAACAGUUACCUUAUCCCAGAACAUCCCCUCUGCCCCACAAGCACUGCAGAUACCCCCUGGUGUCUAUUGUAACAGUGGGAACACGGUGUACAUGCGUCCCUCACCGUCUCAAAGUCCUCAACCCACUCCCUGGUCCUCAUCUGGGACAUCUGUGUACCAGCAGUCUCCUUAUGCUACUCCGACAUACCAGUCUCCUUACAGCUCUCCCCAACAUCAGGUCCAGCAACCGCCUCAGGUGUUUCUGCCCAUAAGUCCCCCCACCCUCCCUGGGCUUUCCUACCAGCAGACGCCAGUUUCCCACAGGCCUUUUAUGUCCUCCAAAGUCCCUAUGAAGAACCAUAUAGAGAUCACACUGGAGGGACAACGAUCACGGAGCAACUCCCCUGUACAUGCUCCGCAGGGAACACUCUAUAUGGCCAACAGCCCUUCUCCAAGUUCCCCAUCCCGGGCUAUUAGUAUGACCGGACCCCCCGGGGCCUCCAUUCAUCAAGGAAUGUAUGUCCACCAGGGUGUGGCAAGGCCCCGGCCUGCAUCCUCACCUCAGCCGGCCAGCUCUGCGUUCAUCAAGAUCAAAGUGUCCCCUGGCCAGGCACAGCGUUCCUCAAGCUCUCCACCAGUUGAGACAGAAUCCCUCCUCAAUAUAGUGCACCAGGGUGAGCGCCACGGUGCACCUCCUCCGAUCCUGCCCAUCUCUGCCCUGCCUGGGAACAUCUCCAGUCACAUCAACCGCAUGCCUAGACGAUUCAGCUCCGGCUCGGAUGACUAUGCAUAUACUCAAGCACUGCUCCUGCACCAGCGUGCUCGGAUGGAGCGUCUGAUGAAAGAACUCAUGCUGGAGCGGCAGAAACUGGAGCAGCUGAAGAAGGAAGUGAAUGAAAUGGAAUUUGACGCCCUGCAGAGACGCUUCAGACGGGUGAACAGCACCAGCCUGAUCCCUCGGCCUGAAGAUAUGACCAGAAUUCGGUCGCAAAACAGACAACUCCAGAUUGACAUCGAUUGCACCUUGAAGGAGACAGAUCUGAUGCAGUCUCGAGGCAAGUUUGACGUGAGAACCAUGAACAACUUUUAUGAUAAUAUUCAGCCUGGUCCUGUUGUACCUCCAAGAGUUAAGCCUCCGGUCGUGCAAACGGACGAGGAUUUUGAGGGUGCUCAGUGGAACUGUGAAAGCUGCACUUUUCUUAACCACCCUGCGCUGCACCGCUGUGAACAGUGUGAGAUGCCACGCAACACUUGAGCCGGCUUCACCGCGACCCUUCCGACAGGCCAUGAACCGCACUCUUCCUACUAAUCUUCUGUUCCAUCACGCAAUGUUCAAGACCCAUCUAUCAUUCGACAAUUUUCGUCCCUUGUGCCCUCAGCUUCACCCAGCAAUAACUGAGCCAUACCCCACAGAAAAAGAGACAACUACUUUAGUAAAAUAUUAUCCAAUCAGACCCACCUUGUGUUUCCUCUUGAGGAGCUUCCUGCACUUGUAUUUACCUUUUUUCUACUGAAAGUUGCUUUAAAAGAGGAUGUAGGGAGACUUGACUUCACAGAAACAAGGGAUUGAUUGAUUGGCACUGGAGUGGACCAAAAAGGUGUGGUUUUAGGAGAGGGUGGAGCUUCCAGAUGUGAGGAGGUGUGGUUUACCAAGCUACCAUUCCAAGAGACUGUGGUGUUUACACAGAAAAAGCCCAAACAAUCCCACGUGCAGGGCUUCUCUUACAACACAUUCGUUGUUUUGAGAUAAGCAGGGGCUGAAUAAUUUUAAUGUAGACUUUACACUGUAUGUGCUCACUAUGAGCUCUUCUCAUGAAUGAUGAACACUACAAGACCUGCAUAUGAACCCAUACCUGGUACUUUUAUGCAUAUUCCGCACUGUAUUCUGUUUAAGAUGUUGAUCUCCUGUGCAAAUGCCUCAAAUUGCUGUACUUAAUAAAGGAUCUCGUUCUAUGUGACUAUAUGCUGAUGUUGAGAUCUUCAAAAUGUAAAACCACGAGCAUACCACAUUGUUCUUUUUAAAUGUUUAUUUGAUUAGUAUAUAAAUUAGAACAGUAUGCCACAACUGCAUUGAGGAUCUAAAAAUCCUAACAGAAAGCACACAAUCUCUCAAACACGCACUCAAAUGAGACAUGCACCCUAAUUCAGACACAUCAACAUGCGCACAACAGACUCACAGUGCUAAAAAAACAACCCUACAGUCUGCCUUUUACUACCUGUACGGAUACUUGUGCAAAAGACUAAUAAUCACUCCAGAUACCAGUCAAAAAACUAGUCUAUAUGAAAGACCUAGGUUUUCUACAAUGCAAAGUAUCUUCUAUCAAAUCCCUUUUAAAUUGAAUAUGCAGAUUUUUCGUUGUGUACAAAGUAAUUAAUGACAAUUCAUGUGCUAUGUACAUGAUCUGUGCUUAAAGUAACAGCUGUCUCCAUUUCUUAGCAUUUUAUGAGAUCAAAUAUGCUUUGAUACACAUCUGUGGAGAAAGGGGUGGUCAUAUUUACUGUUAUAUGGCAAAUUUUUGCAUUCGAGAUUCAGUCAUUUCAAUAAGAUACAGUGCCAAGGGGAAUUUCACUGGAGGGUGAAAGAUUUUGCAGUGGGUUCAAACUAAGUUAUCGCAUUAAAAAAUAGCCAUUUCAGUAGGGAUCCAUGCAAAAGGGGAAUUUCAAAUCUCAGAAUAUGUUUAAAUUGGUCACGUGAAAUCAUUGUGUUGACCAAUAAAGUUGCUGCACCUUACGUUGCAAUUGACCUUGGAAAGUUCUCUAUUUUGUUUUUUAACAUUACUAAUAUUUACCGUUGAUCAGUGAAAUUCUGUCAUUCCAACAGAAAUCCGUGAGAUCGGGAAUUUUACAUCAGUUUCCCAGGCAGAUUUCACUUGUAUUCAAGUUGGUCACAAAUUCCCCACGCUGACCAACAGAAAGCUGCUUGGUUUGAAAGUGACUUAAAGCUCUUGACAAUGGAUCUUUUUUACGUGCAAAAUUUCACAAACUUUGCUGCACCUUAAGGGUAAGAUCUUUGACCAGUUUAUAAUUAAUUACACUGAUUAGUACUUUCUUAUUUUAAGUUAA